AUGUUAGUCGUCUAUACCUAUUCAUAUAAUUUACGAAAUGAUCGUAUCUUGGUAAAUCAUCGAUUUAUUACACAUGCUAGUGAUCAUGAUGGACAAGCAAAUGUACAACAUUUGGUGUGGUUGUGCAAACGUAGUAAUAUUAACAGCAUCAAAUUAUAUGCAUCGGACAUCGUUAAACAUAUUUUACGAAUUCUUCCUCGUGUAUAUCACUUAAAAUGGCAUUGGUACAUGCCAAUAAUUAGAUUUUCAGUAUCGCACAAUUCUUAUUUUCCUCCUCUUCAUCUUCAUUCUUUACAUCUUCAAGUGAUUGAUAUUGAUCAUACACAAGCAGUAAUAUAUGCAAGUUUACUAGAAAAUAUACUGAAAAGUGCAGUUCAUCUUCAAUGUCUAAGUGUUCCAUGGAGCGUAGUGAGUGAAUUAGGUUGUUGUUGCUCUUUACCACCCUCGUAUCGACUUCGAAGUUUAUUUUUGCACUCUGGACGGUCACAACCCAAUCUUGGACAACCACAAUCCAAUGAAUAUGUUCGUGUGUUUGAACAAGAUCUUUGUAAAUUAGUAGAACAAUUAAAACAAUUUCAUUAUAUUGAUAUUUAUGGCAAAAUUUAUCCUGAAAAAGUCAAAGCUUAUUAUUUAAUGGUUCAAAAAACAUUUUCCAAAUAG